CCUUUAACCCGCCGAGAUGGCUCAGAUUGAUGGAGAGAAAUUGAAGUAUUUGGAAUUCUUGCAAGUGGCGAUGAUUCAUGCGGCGCUAUGUGUGGUGAAGGUGUAUGGUUACGCUAAAGUGAAUUCUGGUCCCUUGAAGCCUGGUGUUCAGACUGUUGAAGGCACCGUCAAGACCGUGGUUGGCCCUGUUUAUGAUAAAUUUCAUGAUGUUCCCGUCGAAGUCCUCAAGUUUGUUGACCGCAAGGUUGAUCAGUCUGUUCGUACGAUUGAAACUCGUGUCCCCCCUAUGGUCAAGCAAGCUCCUGCAGCUGCUCGCUCUGUUGCAACUGAUGUCAAAAGUGCUGGUGUGAUGGGAGCUGCAUCAGGACUUGCUAAAACAGUCUAUGCCAAGUAUGAGCCCACCGCUAAGGGACUUUACACCAAAUACGAGCCAAUGGCCGAGCAAUAUGCUGCAUCAGCUUGGCUCUCUCUCAACAAAUUUCCCAUUGUUCCUAAAGUUACUCAAGCAGUUGUUCCAACAGCUGCUUACUAUUCCGAGAAAUACAAUGUGAUGGUUCAGCAAACAGCAGAGAAGGGAUACAAGGUUGCUUCAUAUCUUCCAUUGGUACCUACAGAGAAGAUCGCUAAGGUGUUCAGUACUCAUCAUGUGGCUUCCAGCUAAGAAGGAUCUACUGGUUUGCUUAAUGAUUCAUAAGUAGUUUAGUUCUAUGUGAGGUUCUCCAUAUGAUCUGGAGUGCUUUGAAACAGUUUUUGUUUGUUUACUGUAUUGUGGAUUGUUUACUGUGUGAAGUAUAUCAUGUGUUUUGCCUA